GCCAUCUAGACCGCUGCUCACUCAAGGUGCCUACUAGUAGUCUCUACUAGAAUUCGUACCCUCUCACCCGCUCUUAUCUCUUCCCUGUUGUUUUCCCUUCGUCCCUACUCCGUCUUUCCCUUUUUGUCUCCUGCCGGUCUUUUUUUGCGAUUGUUUCUUGUUCAUCAUCGUCUUUUUUACGUCCAUUUCCAGCUGCUACACGCCACGGAGAUUAUCGACAUUCAUUUUUGCUUAUCCUAGCCGUUGGCCGCCAUUCGUUAAGGGAAUCAGUCCUUGUUCACUCAUUCAUGAAAAGUGUAUCUCGGCGUUGAUUUCGUUGUUCCUUACCAGCUACUUUAUUAACUACUUUUGGGCUCUCUAUAUUUACGACUGAUUAUCUAUUUACUGGUUGAUUAGCUGCCUCAUUCAACCUGUAUCUCCCAUGCUUCACGUGUAUGAAUAUUCAGGGGCUGCUGCUGUUCAUUCACUUGAGCUUUAAUAGCAUAUGAAAGGUGUUGGAAGAUAGCGCUGCCUCUCUACCCGUACCUUUUCUGCCUGUUUGUUGCCCAGAUCGCACUUCCUGGGGCUUGGUGCGACCAUGCAUUAUCACCAACGACAUCAAGCUCACCAUGACAUCCAUAUGGUAAUUCGAUCUCCCCCACGUCGCCCAGAUAUCAUACCUAGCCAUCGACUGCCAUUUUUGGUACCCGAAACUUCGACGAUUGUGAAAAGGGAUUCCGACCCCAGCCAAUCCUGCUCGGCCGGAGACAGCUCAAGUAAAUGCGAGAAACCCACUAGCACAACCUCAACCACUACUUUACCCGUUGUGUUAGGAGCAGUGGUACCGAUUCUUUGUGCCGUAAUCGUUUUAAUUUAUCUUCAUCGGAGGAAUGUGAGGAAGCUCCGAAACGAAGAUGCCAAUGAUAAGCAUAAAUCCCUCGAUUUCGGCUUGGACCUAGAGCCAACGGGAGGGGGAAGAGCCAUGCGGCAGACUGAGAAAACUAACGGAAAUCAUAACCACAACAAAGGGAUUUCCUUGGAUAUUGGACCGAGUCCUUACCUGCUCCCCCCAAGCCUGCACGGUUCCCGGGAUUCCUUGCAUUCCCUAUCCAGAUCCAUAGGUGGUGAUGAUAAGUACCGGCACGCGACUUCAUUUUUGGGUGGUGACAAUGUAUCUGUCAGAUCGCAUUCAAGAGGGGUCCAAGAUGACGCGUCAAGCUUUACAGGCUCAACUAGCAAGGUCGCUCUCGGUGAUGAUAUGAAACAGGGUCUAUUGCGAAACGCUCAAAGGAUGUCGCGAUCAAGUCCACCUUUAUAUACGUCUCCUAGCGAAAAUAGCGCACCAAGGCAAAUUGAUCAUGAUACACAACCGGAUCACGGCUUUCAAUUCGAGUUGCCCAGAAGCCCUAGCCCAGUUCUCAUCCCGGGAGCUCCUAGUAUCAAAGAACCGAUCGUUUCCGUGAAUAGCGUCAGUAAUGAUACUGGGAAGUCUCCAAAGGACGACCAUAGUCUUCCAGAAGAACGUCUCAACCCUGCUUUACCAGAUGCUAUGGUGACCCCUAGAAUUUCACUUCCUUUAAGCGAUGCGGCGAGCAACUAUGACAAUAGAAAUUCCGACACUACCAUACCGGCUGUGAACGUUCAAAUGGAGAGCAGCCCAGACCAAGACAACAAGGACCCUGGCCACCCAGCUAUCUCUCAUACAUUACGGGGGACUUCACAAGCACAAGACUUGGCCGUUGAUCCUCGUCGUGAUACCCGUCGGUUGACACUCGGUCUGCGUCCUUUGCCGCCAGAGGAUCCUUCAGACAACCCGGAGCAGCGUGCCAACCGUAUCCGAUCUUUUUACAAGGAGUAUUUUGAUGAAAACAAGAAUGGCAGGGAGACUUACUAUGGUCCAGAUUUAUAUCAGGACGGUGGCUAUAUUUAUGAUCCCGCCACCGGGGACUAUUAUGACGGUAUUCCGGCACCGUUUGCUGAGCCAGUAAAUCGUCGAGCUAUGACUCCUCCACCCCGUGCGCCUCCGCGCUUCCAGGGAGCAGGCGGACAUUUGCCUUCAGGCUCUAUCGGCGGCUUCAGCGAUCGGUUCAACUCUCCAGGCCCGCGUGCCUUCUCGUCAGCUUCUGGCAGACUUCCAGGUGCUCCGAAAUCCCGCAAACCUGCACCUCCACCGGCUCCACUUCAGAUUCUUCCCACUCCUCAUAUGUUGAAGGAUGAUUCCAUAAUGGGAGCUAUUGACUACGCGCCGGGAAAAAGUUAUAAAGAUCAGAGAGAAGGCCGCCCAGGGACUCCUCUUGGGGGAUUGCAACCGUUCAGCCCGACAAUGCGAGCCCACACUCCUCUCGUCUCAGCUUUUAAUGAACUUGCUGCCAUGCCAAGCCCGCAUGCAUUGCGAAAGUCGGGAACAUACGAUAACCUUGACUUUGCUCCUCCACCUCGCUUCAAGAACCUUGAAACUGCGAGUGACUCCGGAAGUAUUCGCAGCAACCGAACUGGUAUCUCGACGACCCAUCUACAGAACAUACGCACUGGUGCGUACCGUGUCAGCCGCCUCCCCCCCGAAACUGUGGGUACCAAGGACGACCUGAUAUCUAACCUUCGUCCAACAUGGGACAUGCGGAAGUAAACAUAGAUUGAGUCAAUUCUUCAAUUUCUGGUUUUUCGUAAUCCAUUUCCCACAGUUUUGAGGUGACUUCAAACACUAUGUUACGAUCUAUCACUUGCCUUUGUCUCAUACGUCGGUCCUUUUUAAGAGGACUGUGUCAAUUAGCAAACCAUUUGACGUCGGUGGCGUACAUAACAUAUAAGGGAUUUGUUAUUCUUCAGUUAUCUUUCUAUCUUAAUUCUUCUUCUGAGCGUCGGGCUUCCGUGGCUAUGUUUCUAUAGUUCACACUUACAAAUAUUGUUCGUUUCGAAAGCAACAACUCAAUAGAGGGGACCUGGUCUUGAUAUCUUCUGAUGUCCUGGGUUAUUGAUAGACAAUUAGUGUUCUCAAUUUAAGGUGCCGAUAAACUAUGAUUGGUAUAUUGUCUCUUCCCCCUCCCUCCAUUAUCGUCUUUUUUUCGUGUGUUCCUCUGAACUAUUCUGUCUGGUGUGGGAUGAGUAUGAUAUAUCUACUCCGCGUAUAGCACAGAUUUAGAUAGGCAGAAAGCAAUAGUCA